GCGUCCUCCAGCCAGUCCGCUGCUGAAUGAGGGCAGCGACCCGACCUCCCUCUCAGCAUAGGAGUCAGCGGCGCGCCCCCUAGCGCCUCCGGCGGACGCUGCAGGCACUGCAGGGCGCCGGCGAGCGUGCGGUCCCAGACCCGCGCGUGGCGCAGGCGUGACACAAGCGCUCGGCUCGGGGAGGAAGAGCCCAAGCGUGAGGGGCGCGGGCUGUGGAUUCAGAUUCUUUGUCCUUCGGGAGUUUCCCUAUUCCUUUCCUUAACGACUGUAUCUUACAUGAAGACCUGACGUGCGGCUCUGCAGGGAGCGAGAAGGGGGCUGGAGCGCCGUCAGGCUCCUCCUCGUCCCUCAGCUCCCCCCCCCGGCAGCCGGCGGGUUAGACGGUCCCGGGUCGGGCCCGCGGGGGCGGAAGCGGCGGCGGCGGCGGUCAGAGCCGGAGCGGGGCCGGAGCCGCGGCCAUGGAGGGCCCGCGCUGGCUGCCGCUGGAGGCCAACCCCGAGGUCACCAACCAGUAUGAAGUAUUCGGUACAGAAGAGGAGUAAAAAAUAAAAUCUAAGGGACAAGAUGUUACAUCAUCAGUAUAUUUCAUGAAGUAAAAUAAACAGUCAGCAAUGCCUGUGGAACAAUUGGGCUGAUCCAUGCUAUUGCCAACAAUAAAGACAAGAUGCACUUUGAAUCUGGAUCAACGUUGAAAAAAUUCCUGGAGGAGUCUGUAUCAAUGAGCCCUGAAGAACGAGCCAGAUAUCUGGAAAAUUAUGACGCUAUUCGAGUUACUCAUGAGACCAUUGUCCAUGAAGGUCAGACUGAGAGUACACUGGUUAUCGUCAGCUCCUGCAAAACACUUAGGUCUUUCCAAUUUGUGUGUUUGAUUGGGCUGCUAUGGCUCCAGGCGAUAUAAUGGAGGUGCCACAACAAUUUCUGAUCCUCCUAAUAUCUUAAAAACCCCAAAGAAGGUAUCCACUGUGGAAGAGAACUAAAGAACCAGGUAGACAGAAUAAAUUUUGCAGUUGAUGACAGCUGCCUUCUGUUAUCGGCUCUCCUAGAGUUAGCACAGAAAGCACAAGAAUGAAGCAGCUAUGGGGCAGGUGUUGUGGCUUUGUGUUGCCUUACAGCAUGCCUCCCACUUGCCCAGCUGGGUGAUACUCAACAUGUGAACAAGAACACACAUUGGUCCUCCAACCCUUAAGGACAGCAUCUAGAGACUUGGUGGAAAAUUGACUACUUUGGACCUUUUCUACCCUAGAAGGGGCAGCAGUUCAUUUUUGUGAGGAGUAGACAUUCCAAAAUAUAUGUUGCCUUCCUGCAUUCAGAGCCUGAGCUAGAACCACUCUCCAAAGACUUUCAGAAUGAUUCACCUGCACAGGAUUUCACAUAACAUGUCAGAUCAAUGAGCAUACUUUACACAAAGAAGAUGAAGGAAUGAAUCCAACGCCAUGGUAUCCAUUGAUUACAUCAAAAUGGCAAUAUUCAGAAUCUAGAAGAUUGAUAGAGCAAUGAAAUAGCCAGCCAGAUGCAUAAAGCACCAUCUCAGUGGUAAUACUUGAUGACAGUGAGGUGUCAUUUUCCAGGAUGCAACACAAGAAAGACCUUUAUACAGUGAUGGGUCUGUAGAAAGAAUACAUAGUGCAAAUCCUACAGCUGGGAGCAAGCUCCCACUUAUCAUUACCUAGACGGUGCUCUUGACAUCAGUAUCAAUGACAGCAAUAGUAAGGAAGUCGGAUUUGGAAGAAAAGAUGAAGCUGUAAUAAAAAUUUAACAAUAGCUUUGGCUGGCCCAGUGGAAAGAUUCUUUCAAAGUUUCCCUAUUUAGGGUGGGGAGUACUGUGGCCUGUCAAAAGAAAGGAUUGAUCCUGGGUGAGGCAAUUUGAUGACUUGUUUGGGAGAUCUGUGCUUCUUGACCCUGGAAACUCUUAGUUUUAUAGGUCUGUAGGUUCUGUAUCCCAGAGGAGAAAGAACUUCCAUCAUGAGACAUAAAGCCAGAGUUUCACUUAAUCUAAACACUGCUCUCACCUAGGUACUUCGAGGACUUUGUUUCAGUGGACCAGCAGGCAUGAAGGGUACUCAUCAUCUUGUCCAGGAAAAUUGAAUCUGACUGUCAAGAGGAGGUAAGGAGGUACAUAGGCAUGCAUUUGAUAUGUAGACAGGCCUUUUGGCAUUUUGGUGCCUUUUGGCACUCCCUUGCUGAAUUUUGAUGUUUAAUGGAUAAACCCAGAAACCCUGAGGUAAAAUCAUGUGACCAGCUCAGCUCUCUAGGGAGGAGGGUCUGGUUAUGCCAUCAGGUGUGCCACCAAGAGCAUAAGACGUUCUGGCCGACCAUAAGGGAAUCAAAAAGUAAAUGGUAGAGGAGGGAAACUAUGAAUAUCAGUUGUAGUCCCCAGGUCAGCUGCAAUGCCAAGGUCCCUAGUUCAUCAUACCCUCUUCUAAGUCUCAAGAAAUGGCUCAUUGGAAUGCUAAAGGACUGGUUCUGGGAACCUGUAAGAAUAGUUCUGAGCAAUGCAAGAGAUGGAAAACGGAGGAAGCUGUGAUGUCCUUGUUCCUCCAGCUACUGAGAAUGCAACCAGAAAAUUGCUCUCAGCUGCCAAGCCUCUUUCAGACUUCUUUCCGUGAUGAAGCUCCAUCAUGCCUCUGUCCCUGGGCAGCCUGCAUUCAAUGACUAGUCAACACAGUGUAUAAAUACUUGAUGCCUUUACCUAAAUUGGAGCAUCUCCAAAGGGAGUUUCCCACUGGGCAGCCAUGUUGGUGUUGAGCAUGCCUACAGCUCAGCUCAAUCCUCCUAUAUUCUCUCUCACAGAUAACAUGUAAUAAAUCUCCAGGGUGAUAUAUUCCAUCUCAUUGUCUGCUUGGGAGCAACCCAACUUAAAGCACUUAUAAGAAAUUCAUUAUGUGCCCAAACAAUAUUCUAGAUAUUUUACAUAUGUUAAUUCAUUUUAUAAUAGAGAUAUGUAUAUGAACACACUAUUUAAUAGAUAUCAACUAGAUAAGAAUACAGAAAUUUAUAUAGCAUAUGACCCAAUCAAUAAUAUGGUGAAAAUAAUCUUGUAAACUAUCAGAAAGAAAACUAUCCCAUGAAAUAUGAAUAUAUGCAAUCUGUUUCCAAAGUUACUGUGAAUAUUCAUUAUCAUACACUCUUUAGACAUCAUCAUGUGAUAAAAUGAAACUUUUCUUUUACUGUUUUGCUGGGAUUUGAGUUUUGUGGACAUCAAAAAUAUACACAAAAUGUAAAAUAAUCUUAUUAUUUCAAUACCUAAAAUGUUUGUUGCAUGUGUGGAGAUUAUUGAUUGUAAU